AUGAAGUCAACGCCAGGUGCUUGCCUGCCGGGUUACGCCUCUCACUUUGGGAUUGCCAACAUACCGUUCGGCAUCGCAUCCUCGCCGCUACACCCUCAGCCGCAAUGCGUCUCCCGAUUCGAAGAUAACGUAAUCUUUCUGGCAGAUAUCCAGAGCCUUGUCGAUGGUCUAUGCUCCACCGUCGUCUUCUCGCAGCCAACGCUGAACGACUUCGCUGCCCUCCCGCGAAAAAUCCAUCAGGAAGUGCGGAGACGGAUACAGCAACUCCUCGCACAAGAUCCUUCUCAACUCCCGGUCAAUGCCCUCGAACACAUCUCCGCCGUCCAAAUGGCUCUUCCAGUUCGAAGCGGCGACUUCACCGACUUCAGCUGCUCGGCAGACCACGUACUGAAUGCUUCCGAAGCAAUGACCGGCUCGCGUUCGCACCCGCCUUCCUUCUAUCACCAGCCGGUCGGAUAUGCUGGGCGUUGCAGCAGUCUGGAUAUCUCUGGCAGUGCGCAAGAGAGGCCUCUUGGACAGUUCUGGGCGGGCAAGCCAGGCAACAGCGAAAUUGUGUUUGGGCCUUCGCGGUGCAUGGACUAUGAGCUCGAAGUCGGUGCGCUUGUGGGAAAGCCGCUCGGGAGGCGGGAAAGGCUGCUCGCGAAAGAUGCGGCGGAGCAUAUUUUUGGCUUCGUGCUGGUCAAUGAUUGGAGUGCUCGCGAUAUCCAGGGAUUCGAGAUGAGCCCACUUGGACCUCUGAACGGGAAGAACCUCGGAACCAGCGUAUCGCCGUGGGUCAUCAUGCCCGAUGCUCUGAUACCAUUCAACACCGCUGCGAUGCCACGAAAAGCCGGCGUACCUGUCCGAGCAUAUCUUGACGGCGGUCAACCUCGCAUCAUCCAACUUCAAGUCCACAUCGCUUUGACAAGCGAAGAAGCAACAGAGACCGUAUGUCGAUCUAACACGGCAUACAUGUACUGGUCGCUCGAGCAGUGUAUGGCACAGCAAGCGCUUGCCGGCUGUGGUCUGCAAACGGGAGAUCUGAUCGCCACGGGAACUGUUAGUGGGCCUGAUGAAGAGGAGCACGGAUGCUUGAUGGAGUACAUGAAAGCUGGCACGACGCCGCCACGCGGGUAUCUUGAUGAUGGGGAGACAAUAGUCCUGGACGGCUAUUGUGGUGAGGGUGUUGGCUUCGGUGAAUGUGUAGGUACGCUGAUGUCGGCCAAAAAUAUUAGCGAGUGA